GCAUCGUCUGUUUUGGUCGUGUACUGCUGCUUCCGUCGCUGCCAUGAUGUUGCUGCUGGGAGUUGUGUUUGCCUUGUCUCUGACAGCUUUAUUAUUUUUUCUGCGGUUAUAUUUUGUUGUAAAGUCGGGAUCCAAUCAGCUGCCUGGAGCAAGAGGCCAUGUUGCAGUUCUGGUCGUAGCAGGAUCCGGUGGUCACACUACGGAGAUCAUGCGACUGAUGGAGAGCCUGUCUGCAGCUUAUACACCUCGGCACUACGUAAUUGCUGACACUGACAAGAUGAGUGAGGACAAAAUUGUCGCCUUUGAAAGCUCUGAACCACAGUCACACUCUAACUUACAGUUCACCAUCAAUCGGAUCCCACGUAGCCGAGAGGUGCACCAGUCAUGGAGUUCUUCUGUUGUCAGCACUUUGAACGCCCUGAGAUACUCACUUCCUUUGCUGUUCAGACUCAGGCCUGACAUGAUUGCUCAGAAAUAUGACCUCCAGAAGGAGGAGGAGCUGCGCUUCUGGAUCGAGGAUGUAACAGGAAUGGUUAUUGGAGACAACUUUCAGAAGGGUUUGAAGGAUGGAGUAAUCCUCUGCGAAUUAAUUAAUAAGCUACAGCCUGGUUCUGUAAAGAAAAUUAACCACUCCCAGCUGAACUGGCACAAGCUUGAAAACCUUGGGAAUUUCAUCAAAGCAAUCCUGGCCUAUGGCUUAAAGCCCAGUGAUAUCUUUGAGGCCAAUGACCUGUUUGAAAAUGGAAACAUGACACAAGUACAGACCACACUACUUGCAUUGGCCAGCAUGGCGAAGACCAAAGGCUUGGACACAAAGGUUGAUAUUGGAGUGAAAUAUGCAGACAGACAAGCACGAAGGUUUGAUGAAGAGAAGAUCAAGGCUGGACAGUGUGUCAUUGGGCUCCAGAUGGGAACAAACAAGUGUGCAAGUCAGGCUGGAAUGACUGCGUAUGGAACCAGAAGACAUCUGUAUGACCCCAAAACUGGCACUGAUAAACCGUAUGACCAGACCACCAUCAGCCUGCAGAUGGGCACCAACAAAGGAGCCAGUCAGGCGGGCAUGUCGGCUCCUGGUACCCGCAGAGACAUCUUUGAUCAAAAGGUGGCGCUGCAGCCACAUGACAACUCCACCAUCUCCCUCCAGAUGGGUACCAACAAGGUGGCAUCUCAGAGAGGCAUGAGCGUGUACGGUUUGGGCAGGCAAGUCUAUGACCCCAAGUACUGCGCCCCUCCAACAGAGCCAGUUAUUCACAAAAAUGGUAGCCAGAGCACAGGUACAAACGGUUCAGAAAUCAGUGACAGUGAUUACCAGGUUGAAAUCCAGGAGGAGGAGUACCACGCAGAUUACCUUGACGAGUACAAUUCUCACUAUGAUGAUCCAAACAUUGACUAUUAGUACAAGGCUUUAGGUUUAAAGUAGUGUUUUUGUAUCAAACACAUAACAACAAACACCUUUAGCUCUCCUUAAUAUUCCCUUUUCAAGUCCUGAAAUAAAGAAGUACCUUGUCUUCCUUCUUGAACUAGUUACUGAGCCGCAGAGGUCCCAAGGUUUAGUACUAUUAACAACAGAUAUAGUUUUGCGAAAGGUAAUCUUCUACUUUUUGAAGAAUGCUUUAUUGAUAUAACUCCGAUAUAGUGGACCAGCUAUAUUGUAAUAAGUGAAAUUGUUAAUGUCCUGUGUUUAUUUUCAGGAUGAAAACACAGCUGAUCCAUAUAAAGUCUGUUCUUAAAUCCUCAGCAGUAGACUUAUUUAUUUUCCCUGCUUCUGCAUGCCAUCAGUUCAUUCCUGCAGCUGUUGUUGAUGCUUAAGUUAUAUUGUAACUAUGGUUAUUCAAAGUAAAAUUAUGAUUCCUCAAUAACAAGUGUCUGAAUCCUUAUGGAUGUGUGGUGGUGAUGAUUUUACAGCCAGACAUCACUUUGCUUUAUGUUAUCUUUUAUCUUUCCCAAACUUGUUUAUUACAAUGACUCUUUUAUAAGUACCGUGUUAUGGUCCAUAAUUAAAACUGUGUCUUUCAAUAAAGUCUUAAAUUGUUUUAAUCA